AUGCUCUUAAAAGUGCUUUUUCUUGAUCUUUCUGUAAAUUGGACCAUAAUCGAUAAUCUAUUCAAUGCACCGACGUUUAACUAUGCCACUUUUAGUGCGCUCAAAAAAAACAAUCGCUCGUUAAUAUAUGUUUUUGGUGGAUUAAUUCCGACUAAUGAAAGUGAUUGGAAUAAAGGGACUUAUGUAAACAGUUUUUAUCAAAUUGAUGUAACGUCUUAUACAAUUUCAAUUUCGUCUGUUACAUCUGGUGGUGCUUUACCAGCCAGACACAUCUCUGUUAGUUCGUUUUUGAUGACAAAGGAAAACUUUACAUCUGGGUUGAAAACUGUCAAUGAAACUACAGAUCAGACUAUGUACAUAUAUGACACAUUUGACUCAACAUGGGACCGAGCUCCUUCAUAUUUCCCUACGCAAAGAUCAGGUUAG